AUUCUCACUGGUCAGUCUCAUGGAACCGCCUCCUGCAGUGGUGGUGAAUGAGAAGUUUAUCUCAUUUGCUGUUGCGGAAUAGAGGGCGUUUCGAGAAUGAAGUCAUCUCGCGGUGGGGAUGGUAAUAUGGUGUAUUCAAGUGUUUGUCUCAACAGUGCGGCGUACAAGUGCAUUUGAUGCAGAUUUAUAGUGAUCGCAUAUUGCGGUCCCUUUUACCGAGCAAAAUUAUGUGUUCCAAGAGUCCCACUGAGCUAAUGUAAGCUGACGAAAAAGGCUAAACAUCAAGAGGAGAGGAAGCGUAGUCCUUCUAAAAGCAGUGAAAGCAUUAGCUUUCCAGGUGUAACAUGGAUCAGAAAAUGAAGACCGUGUCAGCCCCUAAUGUGACCAGGAAGAGGAAGGCAUCAAGGCCAAAACAGAAAGGCAAGGCACAAGGAGCUUCUGAGGUGUUGGUGGCAGGCGGUAAAUCAAGUGGAGACAAAAAUUCCAGGCGUGUGGAGGAGCAGCACCGGAAGCCUCUGAAGAUAAAGAGGACAUACGGAAGAAACAGGCAAGUGAAAAAUACUUUCUGCGGUUUCGCAUUUCGCCGACUGAUACCACCUUUCCGGCUUCCAGUCAUCUGCUGAUGCGGUAUGAGGUCAUUUUCAUGGUGUUGCUGCAGUAAAGGAUUCUGAGGUUGUCAUCCUUCGACAUACAGUGUUUCUGUUAUGAAAUUACUGGAAUCUCUAAAAUCCAUUGUGUAGACCAAACCUCGAUUAUUCAGCAUGUGUGGGUGGUAGCUCUCUUUGUUUUGUUUUCUAUUGAGAGUUCAUAAUGCUUUAAUCCUUACCGAUCCCACAAUACAAUAUUCUUAACCAACUCUGAGUGACUUAGGCCUUUUGGGAAAGUAAAAUGUCAACUUAUCGUUUUUAAAAAUCAGAAAAAAUCUUAUCCAGAGUGACUCACACAGAUUAAAUUUAUACAUGCAGUCCAUUCAUACGGCCCCCUUCUCAAGGGUGCAAUAGCAGCACACCCUGGGCUGUGUGUGCAGCCAGCCCUUCUCGUUUGCUGUGUGUGUGUGCGUGUGCGCACGUGUGUGUGUAUGCGUGUGUGCGCGUGUGUGUGCGUGCGUGUGUGUGCUUUCCAUGGACGAUUUGUUAAGGUACGAGGGGCAGGCUCGUCGCCUCACCUGGGUCUCCCGCGUGUCUCCAGCAUUCAGGGCGUCCUGAGGGCCCCGCGGGGUCACGCGGACGAUUCGGCCAGCGAUUCGUCCUGCUCCUCGGCAGCCUCCUCCGGGCUGGCCAAUGGCAGCGAGGAGCUGACCUGCCCGUCUAGGAAGCCAGCCUCCUGCCCGGAGGUCAUGGGUGAAGGACCCAGCUCAAACAGACGGAAGGGGAAAGAUGCUGUGGCCAAGAAGAAACAGAGAAUGGAAGACAAGAAGCCCUCCAAGGAAGCAAAGGGCAUAAAGCAGUCAGUUGCUGUGGAGCAGAGUCAGAGCAGUGAACGAGCCGUGGAAGUGGGCGAGCAGAAAAGGAAAGGAUCAGCGAUAAAGAAGGGCCCCUCGAGCCACAUUUCAGGGAGUCAGGAGGAGACGUGGAACCUGCAGAUCGCGGAUAAAGGACGAGUCACGUGCCCCAACUGCAAAACCGUCAGUCGGAAAACCGUUGAGGGGUUGAAGAAACACAUGACGAACUGCAAAGUGGUGUGUGCAAUGACAUGCAACACGAAUCCCUUCACAUGUAACCACUGUGGGAAACAACUGAAGUCUUCAACUGGCAUGAAGUAUCACCUCAUGGCCGAUCACAAUAACCUGCCCACACCAGAGGACGGGAAUGAAGCGGACGGUCAGCUGGUGAAGGAGAAACUCAGGAAGGUGCUGAAAAGAAUGGGCAAAUUAAAAUGCUCAAAAGAGGGCUGUAGUGGCAGCUUCACCAGCGUCAUGGGCUACCUGUACCACACCAGGAAGUGUGGGAAGGAGGAGGCGGAGCUGAAGAAGCUCCUGCUCAACUGCAGGCAUUGUGGGAAGGCCUACAAGUCCAGGGCGGGGCUGGAGUACCACCUCAAAUCUGAGCACGGCCCAACGCCCCCGAAGAGCGACGACGAGGAGCCCAAGCCCCCCGCGGAGCCUGACCCGGAGCGGACCCCCAGCGGCCGGCUGAAGAGGACGUCCGCCCAGGUGGCGGUCUUCCACCUGCAGGAGAUCGCCAGCGAGGAGCUCCUCAAGGAGUGGCCCAAGAGGAAGGUGCAGCAGGACCUGGUCCCGGACGACAAGAAAUUGAAGUACGCCCGACCAGGGCUCCCUGCAUUCAGCCAAGAGGUCCUGCGGAAAUGGAAAAAUGAAGUUAAGCUGCAGAGAAAAGUACAAUGUCCAAACCAGGGUUGCGAUUCAGUCUACACCAGUGUGUCUGGUCUGAAAGCUCACCUUGGACUCUGUUCAAGGGGUGACUUCGAAGCAGGAAAGUACAAAUGCCUGAUAUGUGAUAAAGAGUUCAGCUCCGAGAGUGGGGUGAAGUAUCACAUCAACUCGAUCCACGCACAGGACUGGUUCAUCGUGAGUUCAAAAGCGUCCAAGAGCUUUGAGAAGCUCCUGAAGGGCAAGACCAAGGGGAGCAGCGCUCAGAGCUGCCCCGCCCAGAGCCCGUCCCUCCGCUUCACCCCGGGGUUCAAGGGCUGGCGGGACAAGAAGCGGAGCGGCCUGAUCUCCGUCCUGAGGACGAAGGCGGGGCAGGAGGACGGCAAGCGGAAGCAGGAGAGGCGGGAGAAGGACUGCUACGACUUCAGCAGCAGCGACAGCAACAGCAGCAGCAGCAGCGGCAGCGGCGGCAGCUCCAGCAGCGACUCCGAGGCCGAGGGGCCCGAGGCCCCGCGACACGACAAGUGGGCCCUCAAGAGGCCCCUGGCCAGGGUGGACAUGGCCAAGAGGGCCAAAAACACCGCCUAACUCCGCCCACUACGUCCCACCAACCCGCCUCCCACCAACCCGCCUCCCGGCUUCUGCACUUUUUUUGUGAUGAGGCAAGCUUUGUUUUUUUUUGUUUUUUAUUUACUUCAGUGUUUGUUUCAAGAAAAAGGGAAGUACGG